AUCUUUUCUUCUAUUUCCAUAUCCAAGUAAAAUAAACCACAAAAUGUCAUAAGGGCAUCUUUAUUGGAAUGAGACUCUUUAGGUGUAAACCCCACCUCUCUUUUUCUCCAUUUCCUUUUAGAGUAUGAGUGAGUUUGCAGAAAUUGAGUCUGACAAGAGAGCAACUUACAGGACUCAUUCAGCUACCAUGUUUAUAUAGACAGUUAGACAAACAUGGGAUCAGUAAGUAGUGUGCAUAUACUCUCCACUCCUCCUAUACCCCAUAGCUGCUACCUCAUCUAUGUUACUCAUUUUUAUUGGAUUUAUGCUACAAGUUAAUCCCUUCCCUCUCUCUCUCUCUUCAUCAUCUUUCACAGCUUUACAUCUCUUUCCUUUUUCUUCUGUUUUUUCAAUUUUUAAUUGAUGGGUUUUGAUCUUUGAUGGGUUUUCUUUCACUGGAUUUCUCGGGAUCGAAUUGGGAAUAAAUUUGGCAUGAUCUUGUGGUACACAUCGAAUUAGGUUAAUUUUGAAGGCUAAUUAUAGUUGCAGUUUGGUUUGGAGAUCUAUGGCAAGUACUUACUUUCAUGGGAGCUCUGAAAUCCAAGCUGAUACUCUGCAAACACUUUAUCUCAUGAACCUUAACUACGUAGGCUACUCUGACACACAACAUCAACAUCAACAACAACAACAACAACCACCACCACCCGGAAACAUGCUUUUCUUGAACUCCGCCGCCACCGGUGCAUCUCACGCGCCGCCUUCCCACAACCAACACUUCUUCGGGGUGCCUCUUCCCUCCGCCACCACUACAGCCGUUGGAUCCGCCAGUUCAGACGAUCUGAACCGACAGUCGGUACAUUCCCAGCACGAAAUUCCGGUCCUGCAUGGUGUUGUCCCUCGUUUCCACUACAAUUUGUGGAGCUCCGGCGAUCAAACUGCCGCCGGAAGCCACCCACAUCCACAUAUUCAGGCUAGCAACAGCACCGCUGCCACGGCCGAUGUUGCGUCGCAGAUGGGGUUUCGAAGGCCGGUGGUGUCACCGACACAACAACAAGGGUUGUCGUUGAGCCUUUCGCCCCAAAGGCCCGCUUAUAAGUCAUUCCCCGAUGAGCGUGACGUUCCAAUACAGGCUCCAGUGACGGUCAUAUCACCGACAAGCGGUAACGAUAUCCGGGGAUCGGGUGGUUCGUCGUCGUCGGUAUCAAAUGGAAUUAAUGGUAUGCAAAGUGUGAUGUUGGGUUCCAAGUACUUGAAGGCUGCACAACAGCUUCUAGACGAAGUUGCGAAUGUUGGGAAGGGAAUUAAGGAGGACUCAUCAGAUGAAAUUAAAAAUAAGGCGAAAAUGGGCAGAGAGUCGAUGGCGGCGGUGGCCGGAGAGAGUUCGAGUGGAGGAGAGAGUAGCAUGAAACGUGUGGUUGAGCUCACCACAGCACAAAGACAGGAGCUUCAGAUGAAAAAGGCCAAACUUGUUAGCAUGCUUGAUGAGGUGGAGCAAAGAUACAGGCAGUACCACCAGCAAAUGCAAAUUGUGGUGGCUUCAUUUGAGCAGGCUGCAGGAUUUGGGUCGGCGAAAUCAUACACUGCCCUUGCUUUACAAACCAUAUCGAAGCAAUUCCGGUGUUUGAAAGAUGCAAUUUCUGGACAAAUCAAAGCCACAAGCAAGAGCCUAGGGGAAGAAGAUUGCUUAGGAGGGAAAGUUGAGGGCUCAAGGCUGAAGUUUGUGGAUCAUCAGCUCCGGCAACAACGGGCGCUACAACAGUUGGGAAUGAUCCAGCACAAUGCCUGGAGACCCCAGAGAGGAUUGCCUGAGAGAGCUGUUUCAGUUCUUCGUGCUUGGCUUUUCGAACACUUCCUUCACCCAUACCCUAAGGAUUCAGACAAACACUUGCUUGCCAAACAAACAGGGCUUACUAGGAGCCAGGUGUCUAACUGGUUCAUAAACGCUCGAGUUCGGCUUUGGAAGCCAAUGGUUGAGGAAAUGUACUUGGAGGAAACAAAGGAUCAAGAACAAAAUGGUUCCGAGGACAACACAAGAAAAAUUGGAAGCAACAAGGAAUCAGGAUCAAAAUCCACCGGUCCACAAGAGACUAACACAGCUCGAAUGGAUCAAAUUAGUUCUUUCCAAUCCAAACAAGAAAAAUCAAUCAACCAAAAUGCGUCUCCCAAUGAAGUUUCCAACUCAACUGUUUCAACAUCUCCAUUUAGAGGGUCCUUUCAGUCUCAGGCAGGCUUCAGUCUCAUCGGGUCAUCAGACAUCGAAAACGUCGUUCAAAGAAGCCCAAAGAAGCCAAGAAGUUACGAGAUGCAGAAUUCUCCAAGUAGUAUUCUCUCCAUGGACAUGGACAUGAAACCCGGGGAGUCGAGUAAAGCAAUGAAUGAGAAGUUUGGAAGCAGAGAGAAACAAACCAAGAACAGCUACCACCCCUUUAUGGCGGGCACAACAAGUACUGAUGGGAAUGGAUUUGGUGCCUACUCCAUUGGAGAAUUCGAAAGGUUUAAUCCGGAGCAACUGGGGACGAGAUUUCAUGGGAAUGGCGUAUCUCUCACUCUUGGCCUUCCCCAUUGCGAAAACCUCUCUCUGUCAGGAUCCCAACAAGACUACAUCCCCAGCCAACACAUUCAUCAGCUGGGAAGUAGACUCGAAAUGGGAGGUGUCGACGCGCAUUAUAAUGGGAUUAGCACUCCACAACCAUCUCAUUCCAGCAUUGGUUAUGAGGACAUGAACAUACAGAACAGGAAGAGGUUUGCUGCUCAAUUGUUGCCAGAUUUUGUGGCGUGAUCGAUGAUGGAUUUACAAAAAUACCCCCACUUCACCUCCUAUAUAUAUAGCUCUUCAAAAGUUGCAGGUAAACCAUGUUAUAUAGAAUGAAGACUAGGAGGCCAUGGAUGAGAUAUGAAUGUGGAGAGAAGAAUAGUUAGGUAUUGGUACUUUAUGUUCACUUAGUAUAAUUACCUCCUUUUUUAUGCUUAGUUUAAAGAUACAGAAGAAAAGUUAGCACAGGUUUAUACUUGCAGAGAACAUGUGCCAUUACAUAUGUAGCUUAAGGAUUGAGUGUUUUUUAAGGGUUGAGCAUUGUAUAUAAUGUCAAUAUAAGCUCAUCAGAUUUCAUGCAUAAUGCAAAUCAGUUUUAUAUAUACAAAACCCUAUAUUUUGUUACUUUA